AUGGCCAAGAAAUCUAAGAAGCCUCUUUCAGCAGAAUCGGAAUCUAAAAACAGGGGCGAAAAAACGGCCAAGAAUGCGCAAGAUGAAGAUCGAAAAGCUGCACGACAAUUGCAUCGAGCUAAAGUGGCAUCAACCUCGAGCUGGACGGGUAAACUGCCACACACCUUACUUCAUGAAAACUGUCAAAAGCGCAAAUGGAACAAGGUCGAAUACGACAUGAAAAAAAUUGGAGAGAAGGGUUUCGUAGGUACUGCAGUUCUGUCAUGGACGGAUCCAAAAAGUACCGAAGAGAUCAAAAUUCGAAUGGGAGAUCCAACUUACGACAAAUCCACCGGAAAGGGCGCUGUGGAGUGCCAAGAAACGGCGAUAGAGGCACGACAUUAUGCUGCAACUGUUGCAUUAUGUCGAAUUGCAUUCAACACUAACCUGCAUAUGAUGCUGCCUCCAAACCACAAAGCAAUUUGGUAUAAACUGGAUGAUUACAGGAAAGAACUCGAGAAUAGGAAUAAAAGACUAGCUGCAACGUUGUUUGACGUGGAUCCUUUCAAGACUUGUUUGGAAGAGAGGAAGGUUAAUCAGUUGAAAGAGAAAGAGCGACUAGCCAAGGUCCAACAUGAGGAUAAGAAAAGCAAGACACCGCUUACGUUAACUUCCCUGAGAACCAAGUCAGAACCCAAGGGAAACCGGAAGCCAGUUUUGGCUUCAAAGAUAAUUCGGGAGAACCGCGCCGUCCGGUUUCCUGCAAAAGUUUGGGAAAGGGCCGCAUUUAUCGACUUGAACGAGAGUUCUCGAAAUCUGAUUGAAGAUUUUCUGCGAUCCCGCAUAGACUGGGAUGCGAAAGAGUCGAAAAAUCCGGCCACUAAGGUCAGAGAAAGUCUGCGAAACGAGAUCUUGUCAUUCGGCUUCAGAAAAGCCCAUGUUGACGAGGCAAUGCAUUAUGAAGAUCCUCUUUCAUUUUUACUAUUGAAUUUGCCAGAAGAUGAUCUUCCACCUUUCUUCCGAAAAAGACGCGAAGACUCUAAGACACGCGUAGAGGUCGCGUCUCUUCCUCUAAAGCAGAGUAAUAUGAUUGAUCGACUCUUGGAAGGUGGUUAUUCAUACGACGAAUGCUUAUAUGCUCUUGAGACUUGCAAUUUCAACGAAAACGAAGCGGUGGGCUUUUUGACCAUGAAAUAUGCUCCUGGUCUCAAUGCAGAAGAAUUUAAUGACGAUGAUGAAGAAUCAAACGAAAUUUGGUUACAAGAACUUGAAAGCUUCGAAAGCAUUUACGGCUCUGAUACGGUGGAGACUUUUACCAAGGAUCGAGAUGUUUACAACGUAAAUCUCUCUCAGGAAUUUGGUAUCAAACUUAGAAUCUAUAAAACAAAGCAUUAUCCCAGAACCCUUCCGGGAGUCAUUGUGUCAACAUUUGAUAAAAACAUUAAGAUUCCGAAUUACAUCAAACAAACGAUAUUAUCUAAAAUGAUCCACCAUAUCACGAAAUCAGGGCUACUCGGCGAUAUACUAGUAUUCCAUAUGUUUGAAUGGCUCCAAGAUAAUUUGGCAACCAUAAUUGAGAAUCCUGGUUCUCUUUUAACUGAAGAAGAGAGACGUGGCUCAUAUAAGGACCCAGGUAAGAAGGGGGAUGAUAAAAUUCGGGGAACUGCCAGAAAACGACACAUCAGAGACAGUGACCUGUCUGAAGGUGAAAUUGAACGCAUUAAGGCUAUGAUCAACGAUAGAUCGAAUUCCAGUGAAUAUGGCAAGAUGCUUGAAAAUCGACAGAGGCUUCCUGCAUGGAAGCUUAAGAGCACAAUUGUCGACCUGAUAGAAAAUAAUGACGUUGUUUUGAUCACUGGUGAGACAGGUUCGGGUAAGUCUACACAAGUAGUUCAAUUCGUUUUAGAUUAUCUUUAUCAAGAGAAAGGUCCAUCUCACAGAACCAAGAUCAUUUGUACGCAACCGAGACGAAUUUCCGCCAUCGGUCUUGCCGAGCGUGUGGCUCAAGAACGAUGCGACGAUGUCGGCGAAGAAGUUGGUUACGUUAUAAGAGGUGUCAAUAAGACCAAACCCCUGACUAAGAUAAGGUUUAUGACUACUGGUGUCUUGGUGCGAAUUUUACAAGGCUCGAGGGCUUUUCUUGAAGAUUCGAUCGUGGUCAUUGACGAGGUGCAUGAACGUUCUGUCGACACCGACUUGAUUGUGAUCUUAUUAGGUAACUUGAUCAAAAAGAUUCGUGGCUUGAAGAUUAUUUUAAUGAGUGCGACGGUGAGCGUGGAUAUUUUCACGUCAUUUUUCAAAGGUUUAAAAAGUUGUCACAUUGAAGGCCGCACAUUUCCCAUACAAGACUUUUAUCUGGAAGAGAUACUGGAGCAGCUAGACUUCAAGAUAAGGCGAAAGAAACUGACCAACCAGUUUGACGAGGACAAUUUUGAUGAAUAUCUCAAGCCCAGCGCUGAUUCCAAAUUUUUCACAAGCGGGCAGAUAAAUUACGAGUUAAUAAGUCAGUUAACUCAGCAUGUGCAUGACAAAUUAAAGGCGGAAAACAAUCAGGGCUCAAUACUGAUUUUCUUGCCUGGGACGGGUGAAAUUAACACCUGUUGCAAAACGCUACAAUCAUCGCUUAUUGCAGGUUCUCUGGUUGUUUUACCUCUUCACUCUGCAUUGACACCGGAAGAGCAGAAAUCUGUCUUUAAACAUUUCAGAGGUAAAAGGAAAAUUGUCGUGUCCACAAACAUUGCUGAAACUUCUAUUACAAUUGACGAUUGUGUUGCCACAAUAGAUUCUGGACGGGUAAAAACCAUGGUUUAUAAUCCUGAUGAUAAUACAACUAGACUCGUUGAAAGUUUUGUUUCAAAGGCAGAGGCAAAGCAAAGGAGGGGACGUGCUGGAAGAGUUCGUGCCGGCUACUCGUACAAGCUUUUCUCUAAAACCGUCUACGAUGGAAUGCAAAGCUUACCCUUGCCAGAAAUUAAAAGAGUAGCCCUGGAGUCCCUCUACCUAUCAGUUAAGUCUAUGGGGAUUCAAGAUGUGGUCAAGUUUUUAAGCAAAGGCUUAGAUCCUCCGCCUUUGAAAUCGCUGCAAAAAUCGCAGCAAGUUUUGUCCGCAGCAGGACUCUUGACAGAAGAUUCCAAUGAAUUGACCGAACUGGGACGCUUUAUUUCAAUGAUGCCUGUAAUGGAUCACAAGCAUGGCAAGCUCUUGAUAUUGUCGUUAAUAUUUGGGUGUUUAGACAAGGGGGUAAUGCUCGCAGCAAUUUUAGGUGCCGCUGGGUCGCUUUUUACUUACACGCAGCAGAACAGAAAUAAAAUAAAGGAAAUAUGUUCCCUGCGUGGUAGCGACGGCGACUUACUUUGCAUGGUGGACAUUAUGGGUGAAUACGUGAACAUAGGACCAUCGAAAGACAAACGCGUGUUUGCCUCCAAACAUUGCAUGUCUUUCAAUGGUGUUCAAGAAAUCCUUUCGUCUCGAACUCAGCUGUAUUCGAUUUUGAAAGACGUCGGCUUUUUACCCAUGGCUUAUAAAGCAAAUUAUAGCGGAUAUCUCAACAGAAACGAUGACAAUCGCGAUGUGAUCAAAUGCGUCAUGACGGGAGCCUUUUAUCCAAAGGUUGCGCGCGUACAAUUACCGGAUCCAAAAUUUCUCAGCACAAGCUCCGGUGCCAUCGAAAAGGAUCCCGAUGCUAAAUUGACAAAAUACUGGAUCAGAAACGAGGCAUACAUUGACGGUCUGUGUGCAUCCGAAGAAGCUCCAGAGGUUGUAAAUGACAGGUUCCCUGCUACAAGAGCCUUUCUUCACCCCUCUUCUGUCUUUUUCGCAAAUAACUCAGAGAACGGCCUUCCUCUCGCAGAAUUUACCUCUGAAAUAGAAGUCAAAAGCGUUACUUCUGAUCGCGUUAGACUUAAGGCGCCCUUUGCGAUUUUCAACGGUUCUCAAUUGACCUCGAAAUUGUUUUUGCGAGACAUCACGCCCACUUCUACUAUAGCGCUUCUACUUUUCGGUGGACCAAUCCACUAUGAUCUGAUUGGUUCCUCUCACUCUCCAGGGAUGGUCAUUGACCAUUGGCUACCAAUUCGAACAUGGUGUAAGAAUGGUGUUUUAAUCAAAGAGUUGAGAUUUUUACUGGAUCAAGUUGUCAAGUCCAAGUUGGAAAAUCCAGAAUAUGCGUCUGGAAGUACAUCUCACGAAGGAGACGAUGUUCUCAAGUUAGUUGAAACACUAGUGAAAGUGGAGGCUUCGUGA